UCGCAGCAACCUGGUUUCCGCGUUUCUUCGCUUGCCGCACGAAACAGAGUUCUCACCGAGUGCAUCCGUCCGCGCGCAAGUAAGUAGACGGCGCCCAGCAAAAGCCGCUUGGAAACAGAAACUGCCGUCCACGACCGCUGCUCACCGUAGCGUGAACAACGAGGCGCGAGGCCUUGGCCGCUACCGCGCGGAAGCGUGCACGCGGCGCCCGCCUAUAUGGUAUGUAGCGCGGUGCCUCCCGCGCGCCAGUGUCAUGACUCUCGCCUCGUUCCAAUGGCCGCCAGUGACAACGAGGACGAGUCGGCGAAGCCUGCCGAUCUGCGAGUCUUCAAGAACCGUCGGAGACAACACGGUCCGCCGCCCGGCGAUAACGUCAUCUCCACAGCCGGCUGCCGCAGGGACGGCAGCCGUAGUCCCCACCGAGACGCCUGUCCUGCAAAGUUGUCCGCCUCCAAGAACAAGCAGUCCGCCAAAUGCAGCGUGCCUUCUUCUUUCUGCAUCAGCGAUCUCAUCGGCGCCGCUGUGCCCGCGGCACCCCACGCCUCUGACGCGGACAAGCAUAAGCUGCUGCUCCACCAGCUCCAGUUCCAGCACCAGAUGCGCCAGCUUCAGCAGCACGCCCCCGGCUUGGACGAGUGGCGCCUCUACGAGAACAGGGCCACUCCUGCUGCCGGGCUCGCCGACGACGCGGAAGACCUGUGCGGCAGCAAUGGGGGCGGACGCUCGGGUUUGGCCAACUCCAUGGGGGCGGAAGGAUCGUCAAGGCGCCUUCCGUCACCACCUAUGGGUGCAGACGAGGACUCCCUGCCGUCCAUCUCCCUGAGGUGCCCCAAGAAACCGCGGAAAGCGCGGACAGCAUUCACUGAGCAGCAGCUAAAGACUCUGGAGAAAAGCUUCGAGCGUCAAAAGUACCUCAGCGUGCAGGAUCGCAUGGAGCUGGCUGCGAAACUCAACCUCACCGACACCCAGGUCAAGACCUGGUACCAGAACAGAAGGACAAAAUGGAAGAGGCAAGCUAUGGUCAACAUCGAGCUGCUCCCUGGAAUGCACGGCGCCGUCUCCGCUGCUGGCCUAUGGCCCGCCAGUGCGGCUGGCCUCAGUUCUGGAUUUCCAGCAGCUUUCUGGCCUUACCCGUACGGUGGUUACUUCAACGCAGCCGCUGCAGCUGCAGCGGCUGCCGCGGCCAUGGGCAGAGGCGGCGGCGGUUUCCCGGUGUCUUCGGUCGGCGGCGCUGCAGUCAGCGGCAACAUGGAGAGCCUCCAGCGAGCUCUGGACUUCUACCAGCAGAGAGGCGCACAGGCGCUCCUCGGGGCCGACUCCCAGCUUCGACCGGCCGUGGCUACCAAUAUCAACAACAGUGCAUCCAUAGCGCUAGGCUCAUCCAAAGCCGACGCCGAGCUUCGCAACGAGAAGAAACAGUGACUUGCAUUUUAACAUUACCUUGUGAAGCUUUCUGGCAUAUCGGACCUUGGUUAGUGGCGUAGUUGUAUUUGGACGCACCAGGCACAGCUACGUAGCAGUACCCUGACGCACCAUGAAGCUCCAUUUCGCUUGUGUGUUGGGGCAUGUGAUCCUAUUUCAUCGAGUGGACUGACAUUCCAAAGACAUGUUUGGGGGCUUCUUAUUGCCAUCAAUGUCACAUUUGUAAUGCCUCUGACGUAUAUAGUUGCGUCUUCUGAGAUUCGCGCUGCGUACCCUUUAAAUGACACACCAAAAAUACGAAAUUUGGUCCCCGUGCCUGCUAGGCUUGUCCCUCACUCUGUAUGUGAUGUCUUCUCAAUCGGCAAUGUUUUUGUCGAUAAACGGCAGGUAGGUAGUUUCCAUUUUUAUACGGCCCAAAGCAAACUAAAAUGGUGAGACCAGAUCCAGUAAAAUACAUUGCGUUU